GAGAAAGAGGAGAAGAGUUAAUAGUGUGUAAGGGCUCUGGUGGGUUGUCCGGUCAGGCUCUGUUUUGAAUGUAGCUGCUUGUGUAAGGGCUGUGCAGUUGUCUGGGUUUAUGGAUUCGCUGAUUGUGGAAAAUGUACUUCUCUAUAGUGGUCCUUGUCCUGACUAAGGCUCUGGUCAUAGAGGUGUGUCAUGGCCUGAAUGUGACGGUGACCCCUGGGCCUGUUGUCAUGGUAACAGAGAAAGACAACGUGACACUCUCCUGCCUGGUGUCUCAGAGAAAGAGGAGCGGCAGCGUCCUCAUCCUACGCUGGUUCUUUUCUCCUCUUGCUGCUCCCACUCUCGUGCCCCCUCCCUCCCCCUCUCCUCCUGCACUCGAGGCCUCUCAGUUUCUGAUCGUGAAGACGGGCAUGAAGAAAAUGAAGCUGUACGGGAACUACACCCGUCGUUUCCCCCAGCUAAAGUUUCGUCUGUAUGAGGAAACGGAGGGAGAGUUGUACCGGUUGCAGAUUCUCAAUGUGACAGCAGGGAUGGACCAGGGUUUCUACUCCUGCAGGGUUCAAGAGAUUCGCAAACACAGAAACACAUGGAGAGCGUCAUCCAAUGGUACCAGCACCACACAGCUGACAGUGCACUUCACUUUCGAGGAUGGUGGCAGUGAAGGACUGUGGCGUUUAUAUGCAGAUGUGUAUUUGUGUGCUGUGCUGAUUUGCUCACUGGGCCUGCUGUCCAUCUUCCUGUUCACUCUGGUUCUCACCUGCCAAUACCUUCACAGGAGACACAGGCUCAAAGAUAGUUACCUUCUAGUGAAGUGUCCAGAAAGCAGCUCAGGAGAGACUGUGACCAGCUCCAGCAGUUCCUCUGGUUCCUCCCCAAGAGCCCAAAGGCAACACACAAGACAGAAACCUGACAGAAGAGCAGCAGCAGCACCUAAACUCCCCGAGGUGCCACCACCACACAUACCAGCCAAAGUGCCUGUUGCUGCAAAGAGACCUCAGAAGCCCCGAAGGUUAAAGACUCAGCUCAGGAGUUCCUCCACUCCUCGAGUAUCACAGGAAGACAGUCUGACAUAUGCAGAACUGGAGCUGGUCAGACAAAGGCCAGAGCCCCCAGCCUCCUCCAGUCCUGACCCCACUGCCUCCAACCCAGACACUGUGUACGCUCAGAUCAUCUUCCAGGAAAAACAGCUGUAAGCACAGCAGCUCUGGACACAUGGAUGUCAUGGUACCUCCCGGUGAGGGCAACUGAACUGAGUGGCAACCAAAGGACAAUAUUUAUGAACUAUCAGUAUGGCAUUUAGCAUAAUGUUUUUUUGGCUGUACGCUACAUUCAUUCAUUCAUUCUUUCAUUCAUUCAUUAUC